AUGACUUCCAUUCUUGUUCUUCGUCUUGUUUCUUUUCUUUCUCUAUCUUAUGCUAUUCUUGGACAGAAAACACAGACAUACAUUGUUCAGAUUCAAAAUGACCAUAAACCUUCUGUCUUCAACGAUGUAGAUGCUUGGUAUAACUCGAUGCUUAAUACCCUGAGCUCUUCGUCCAUUUCCACUACUUCUACGUUGUCAAAUACUUCUUCUUCUGUGGAGUUCAUUCAUCUUUACACAACUGUCUUCAAUGGAUUCUCUGCUAAACUGACAGAAGAGCAGGUUCAAGAUUUGUCUAGGAAAAGGGAAGUCUUGGGCAUCAUACCGGACAUAGUCUACCAAAUCCAUACAACUCGAACGCCGGAGUUCCUCGGAUUGACUACGAGGAAUCCGAUAAGUCUGCUCAAGAAAUCCAACGGCGGCUCUAACGUAGUGAUUGGAUUCUUCGAUACUGGAAUAUUCCCAGAAUCUAGUAGUUUCAACGACAAUGGGAUGGGACCAAUUCCAUCCCAUUGGAAGGGAAGUUGCGAGAAUGGAGAUAGUUUCACGAAGAACCACUGUAAUAAGAAGUUAAUCGGAGCCAGAGUUUUUUCCAACGGAUAUAGGGCGAAUUAUGGACACAAAAACUCUGAUGUUAAAUCUCCAAGGGAUACAGAAGGACAUGGAACACACACGGCGUCAACAGCUGCCGGAAGGCCAAUCACUAAUUCAUCCUUUUUCGGAUUCGCCAAGGGCACGGCCACGGGAAUCGCGCCGAAAGCCAGAGUUGCGGUUUACAAAGUAUGUUGGAGCAGAGGAUGUAUGUCGUCCGACGUUUUAGCUGCGUUGGACAUGGCCGUUCGCGAUGGUGUCAAUGUUAUGUCGAUCUCUCUGGGUGGAUCGGGUUCGGUUCCAUACUUUAUGGACCCAAUUGCGAUCGGAUCGUUCGGAGCUGUAAACAAAGGCGUUUUUAUUUCCGCCUCGGCUGGAAAUAGUGGACCCAGACCAAUGUCGGUGACAAAUGUAGCUCCUUGGAUAACGACCAUCGGAGCGAGCACAAUCGAUCGGACAUUUCCAGUUGAUCUUAUACUCGGGGAUGGGUCGAUUAUCACCGGCUCAUCUAUCUACACAGGGAAGCCGUUUUCUAAAAAUACAUUUCAUCCAAUUAUUUUGGGUGGAGACGCCUCCCUUAUUCCAGGGGAAUACCCGAAAAAGCUGGCCUCAUACUGCAUCAGUGGGACAUUAGAUGAGAAGGUUGUACAUGGCAAGAUUGUGGUUUGCAAAAGAGGAUACAGUGGACGGGCUGCUAAAGGGGCUGUAGUUAAAAAAGCCGGUGGCAUCGGAAUGGUAAUCGAAAACACGGCGGAAGAGGGCGGCGAAGGGUUACUCGCAGAUGCUCACUUGUUACCCGCAUUAGCGAUAACCGCAUCAGCCGGAAUUAAACUUCACGAUUACAUGAACUCUGAUUCAAACCCCAAAGUUUCCAUGAAAUUUCGCGGGACUGAAGUUGGCAUAAAGCCGGCCCCGGUGGUUGCUUCAUUUUCGUCCAGAGGUCCAAACGCAGAGUCUAUCUACGUCUUGAAACCGGACGUAAUCGCGCCUGGUGUCAACAUAUUAGCGGCAUGGCCAGAGAGUGUAUCGCCAACUGAACUUCCGAUCGACACUCGCCGUUCUAAAUUUAACAUAAUUUCCGGCACGUCGAUGUCUUGUCCUCACGUAUCAGGCCUGGCCGCACUUUUAAAAGGCGCUAAUCCUGACUGGUCGCCGGCUAUGAUUCGAUCUGCACUCAUGACAACUGCUUAUACACACUACGCUAAUGACCAAAAUCUGUUAGACGAGAAUUUGAACAGUCAAGCAAAUGUAUGGGCCACGGGAGCAGGACACGUGGACCCGGAGAAAGCUGUUGAUCCAGGUCUGGUCUACGACAUGUCCGUGGAUGACUAUUCGAACUUCAUGUGCGCUUCCGGGUACACUGAGGAUAUGAUCCAUCGUGUUAGCCGUCAGAUGCAAUUUAAAUGUAGAGGAAAUACAGAGAAGCCAUGGAAUUUGAAUUAUCCGGCGAUUAUGGUGGCGCUUAACCGGACAACGACCGGCGGCCAGCUUGAGGCUAAGAGGACGGCAACCCACGUAGGGUAUGGACGUGGAGUCUACAAAGUAAUGGUAACUGCACCAAAAGGCACAAGGGUUACGGUCCUACCGCGGGUGUUGAAAUUCAAAAGGAUGGGACAAAAGCUAUCUUACGUUGUUCGGGUGGCGGCGCAAGGAACAGCACUGCCUGAUUCUACAGAAUAUGUGUCCGCCGGUAAGCUGACAUGGGUUGAUCGUAAACACCACGUCACUUCCCCGAUAGUGGUUACAUGGAGUGAUAAUUAG